AUGCAGCGACGCGGAGGAGGAGGCUACAACCAGCGCGGCCGACGCGGAGGCGGCGGCAGGGCCGCGUGGGAUCGCUACGACGGCGGCCACUCCUUCCGGGGUCCGCAGUCUGGCCCGGACGGCGGGUGUAUGUACAGCGCACCGCCCCCACCGCCUCCGCCGCCGGCGUCUUCUUCUCGGCACUUUUACUCUUCGUCUUCGAAUCCGUUCAACCGCCGCGGAGGGAAUGCGCACAGCUCGAACGCGUCUUGGUCGCGGCGCACUGUCUUCGCGUCAGAUGACACCGACGGCGGAUACAGUGUACAUACACCGCAGCACUUUGGCGCGCGCCGCGGCGGGCACUUUGCGGGCUCGCGGGCGCCGGUCCACGAGGGCGAGUAUGGCAGAUUCAAAAACGGAAGCGACUACGGCGGCUGCGGGCGGGGAGCUCCACGCGGAGGCCGAGGACGCGGCGGGCGCGGCGGCCGCUAUCGCUACGACGACGGGCGGAAAUUUGACUCGCAAACCCUAAAGACGAUUUCGUUGAAUGAGAAAGCGCCUCUGUGGCGCGACAAUCGUGCGUGGGAUACUGGCGUGGUUGGCGCGCUCUUUCUUUUCCGCAGCCCGGACACGAGCGACGGCGCCAUGCUCGACGCCCCGAACGCCCCUCACGCGCCAUUGUCCUACUGCAAAAACUUUGCAUUUUCAGGCCAGUGCAAAUUCGGCGCGCGCUGUCGAUACCCGCACAAGCUGCAGUGCGUGGGGUGGGCGCUGGAGGCUCACGGGGGGCACGCGGUCACGUGCUGCGCGCUCAACACCGCAACUCCGACCGGACUCCCCGAGGUCUACACCGGCGGCAAAGACCGUUUUCUUCGGCGCUGGGGCGUUGUCGUGGCGGAGGAGGGCAAUCCGACGGUCGAGGGCGCUCGACAGGCGUUUGAGCCUGAGGAAGCUCCGCUGUGGCUGGAGUUCGAGUGCCUGCAAGAGCUGCAGCUGCAGAGCGAGCCGCGCGCCAUGCUUUUCACCGAGGGCGUCCUUUUCCUCGGACUCGACGACGGCCUCGUGCUGGCACUGAUGCCCUCCGGCGAAAUGAAGGAGCUGCGCCGCCACACGUCGGCAGUGCAUGCGCUGGUGGUGAUUGACGCGGUGCUUGUCUCCGCGGAGUGGGAGGGUCGCGUAUGUCUGUGGAAGUUUGAAAACAAUGAGUUCGUGCUGGCGAAGGAGCUCGACCUGCCGGGCAAGAUUACCUGUCUGAAGGACCUCUCGGUCCCGAAUAUAAGCCCUCAGGCAGCGGCAGACGGCGCGACGAACGGCCAGCCGCCUGCGGGCGAGCCCGCGGAGAGAAGGUUUCUGUGGGUCGGAGGCACGAAUGUGACGAUCUUGGAUCUGCUCACGAUGAACGCCGUCGCGACCCUCGACGUGUCUGACGCUGCAGCGUCGCGAGCCGCGGAGCGCCGCGGCCUCGCUUUGGCACUUUCUCUCAUCGCUUACGAGAAGUGCAUGCUCGUCGGCUUCAGCUCGGGCGUCGUCAAGGCCUACUCGGCGACCGGUCAGGAACAGUUCCGCUACGACAGCCCGUACCUCUCCGCCAUGGAAGGCGUCGUGUCCCCCGACGGUCCGCUGCUGGUCUUUGGCGGCGCAGACAGCGCCUUCCACGUUUUGAAGCUGCCGCAGUUCGAAGAGACCGGGAUGCUCGCGGCGCACGAGGAAGGCGACGUCAAGGUAAUUCGCUUCCUCUCGCCUGAGUUUUUCGUCACCUGCGGAGAGGACGGCGUGCUUUGCAUGUGGCGCUGGCAGCGCUCCAGCGCGCCCGCGAACGGCUAG